CAGUUCUGUUACAUUAUGAAAGAUCUUACACUUUGAGGUACUAGUCAAUAAUGGAGGAAACAGGCAGGGAAGCAGUUGCAACAGCUGUACAGAGAGUAGCUGGAAUGCUUCAGCGUCCUGACCAAUUGGAUAAAGUGGAGCAGUAUCGCAGGAGGGAGGCUCGUAAGAAGGCUUCAGUAGAAGCUCGAUUAAAGGCAGCAAUCCAAUCACAAUUAGAUGGGGUACGAACUGGUUUAAGCCAACUGCACAAUGCACUGAGUGAUGUAAAGGACAUUCAGCGAUCUUUAGUAGAUGUCAAUAAAGACUGGCGUCAGAGCAUCAACACCAUAGAAAACCUGAAAGGCGUUAAGGAUGCUGUAGUUCAACAUAGCCAACUGGCAGCUGCUGUAGAAAAUCUGAAAAGCAUUUUUUCAGUACCAGAGAUAGUCAGGGAGACCCAGGACUUGAUUGAGCGAGGAGAACUUCUGAAAGCCCAUCGGAAUUUGAGAGACUUGGAAUGUUCUCGUGAUGACUUGAUGUAUGAACAGUAUCGUAUGGACAGCAAGAACACUCAUGACAUGAAUCUCAUUCAUAUCUACUUUGGGGAAAUUCAGAAACUCUCUGAGGAGCUAGCAAAACAACUUUGGAUGGUAAUUGAAAGAUCUCUUCUUACUGUUCGCCGAGAUCCAACCUUACUUGUUUCAGUUGUCAGGAUAAUUGAAAGGGAAGAGAAAAUUGACAGGCGCAUGCUAGACCGUAAGAAACAAACAGGGUUCAUUCCCCCUGGCAGACCAAAGAAGUGGAAAGAAAACAUGUUUGAUAUCUUGGAAAGAACUGUGAGCACCAGGAUUGAAGGCACUCAAGCUGAUACUAGAGAAUCUGACAAAAUGUGGCUUGUGUGCCAUCUGGAAAUUAUUCGUAAAUAUGUCCUUGAUGACCUGCAAGUCACUAAAAAUCUAAUGGAAGAGCGUUUUCCUCCACAUUAUGACAUUUUCAAAAAGUUGUUAAACAUGUACCACCAGGCUUUGUCCAUGCGCAUGCAGGAACUGGCUUCAGAAGAUCUAGAAGCAAAUGAAAUUGUUACCCUUUUAACAUGGGUUUUAAGUACAUACAAAAGUGAAGAGAUGAUGGGAAAUUUGGAACUGGCCCCAGAAGUGGAUGUAAACUGCCUGACUCCUUUAAUUUCACAACCAGCGGUGGACCAGCUUCUAAGCAAAUACAUGUCAACGCUUACUUCUAACAUCAUUGGUUGGCUACGAAAAGCACUGGAGACGGACAGAAAGGAUUGGAUAAAAGAAACUGAGCCGGAAGCAGAUCAAGAUGGGUACUAUCAGACUACACUCCCAGCCAUAGUUUUCCAGAUGUUUGAGCAGAAUCUUCAAGUAGCUGCUCAAAUAAGUGAAGAUUUGAAAAUGAAGGUUCUGCUUCUGUGUCUUCAACAAAUGAAUUCAUUCUUGACUAGGUACAGAGAAGAAGCACAGUUCUAUAAAGAGGAGCACUUAAAAAAUCGUCAGUAUCCCCAGUGUUAUGUUCAGUACAUGAUUGCAGUCAUCAACAACUGUCAGACCUUCAAAGACUCUAUAAUCAGUUUGAAAAGAAAAUAUUUGAAAAAUGAAAUGGAAGAGGGAAUGCCAAGCAGUCAUGCAAACAUGGAUAUGAUUUUAGACCUCACUGCCAAAGAAGGAUGUUCUAGCCUACUAGAUGAAGUCUUCAUGGAUUUAGAGCCACAUCUCAAUGAGCUGAUGACAAAGAAGUGGCUUAUGGGAUCCAAUGCUGUGGGCACUAUCUGUGUCACUGUAGAAGAUUAUUUUAAUGAUUUUGCAAGAAUAAAAAAACCUUAUAAAAAGAUCAUGACUCUUGAGGCCCAUCGUAGAGUAGUUGUGGAGUACAUCAGGGCUAUCAUGUUAAAACGUAUAUCUUUCAAGAAUGCAGAAGAGAGAAAAGAGGGUGCUGAAAAAAUGAUCAAGGAAGCGGAACAGUUCAGAUUUCUCUUUAAAAAACUUGCAGCUGGAUCUGGAGAAGACACUGAAGGACUCUGUGACAUUAUUGUGGCUAUUGCAGAAGUUAUUAAACUGACUGAUCCUUCUUUGCUUUUUCUGGAAGUCUCGACAUUAGUUAGUAAAUACCCGGAUAUCAGGGAUGACCACAUUUCAGCUUUGCUGACUGUGAGAGGCGAUGCCAGCAGGGAUAUGAAGCAGACGAUCAUAGAAACUCUGGAACAAGGAGCCAGCCAACCAAAUCCAAAUUAUGUGCCAAUUUUUAAAGAAAUUACAGUCCCCACAUUAAGUGUGCCAAAACUUCUUAAGUAGCUGACACUGGAAAUGUCUUUUUUUUUCAUUUGGGGUGAACAUAUUUGAAAUGUUUAAGGGCAAAUUUGUAAAUGCCAUUUCAAAGGGCAUUUAGUAUGACACUGUUAAUUACUCAGACUAUUAUUUAUAGGUAUGUGUAUCUUUUUGGUGCUGUUAGUUGUAAUCAGAAUCCUGAAUGCAAGUGCAGAGAUGGAGAGCAUGGCUGAUUUGAAGAAUGACAUUUCUGAUGGCCAGAGUGCUUUGUACUGACUUCUCACUUGUUAUAGCUAUAACAAUUUUGCGGAUUCUGUGAAAUCCGGCAUUGACCGUGAAAUCUGGGCAGUGCCCACGGAAUCUGCAAAAUCUGCUGGGGGGGGGGGGGGGAGAAGGGGA